AUGGCUUCCUCCACCUACAUCUCAGCGCUGGUGAGGUGCCUGCGCAGCGGUGACAACCGGGCAGCCAUCGUAGCGGCCGGCGGCAUUCCAGCGCUGGUUCAGCGUAUCAGCAGCAGCGAUGCUGGCGAUGAUUUGCUGGAGGCCGCAGCCAGGCUUCUGAACAACCUUUCUGUCGGCAGCCCUGCCAACGCUGCAGCCAUUGCAGCGGCCGGAGGCAUUCCUGCUGUGGUGCAGUGCCUGUGCAGCAGCCGCAGCGAGAGGCACCUGCGAAGCAGCAGCUGCAGCGAGCAUGUACAACUGCAAGCAGCCCGUGUGCUUGUUAUCCUCGUGAGAGACCCUGAGAUCCGGGAGGCCGUUGCAGCUGCCGGCGGCAUCCCUCUGCUGGUGCAGUGCUUGAGCAGCAGCACCAGUGAGGCGAUACUGCGCACCACCGCCAGCGAGCAGGUGCAGGCGGCAGCAGCCGGUGCGCUUGCCUUGCUCUCUCGGGACAGCCCCGACAACAGCGCUGCCAUUGCCGCAUCAGGCGGCAUUGUUGCUCUGCAGCAGCUGCUGUACAGCCCCCCAAGCGAGGCGGUGCGCAGGGCCACAGCUGCUUCACUGGUCAGCCUGUCCAACAGUGCCGGGGUGUGA